AUGGCUAUCAGCAUUCGAAGUUUUGAGCUACCUUACCGUUCGUACGAGCUCUACGACGUAGAUUUCUUCGACGACACCAUCAAAACCCUAGUGACCUCCACCCCCUGCAUUGUAGAUACAUGGAUCUCCGACAUGGAGUACCUUCACCGUCACAGGCUCCACAAACUCAUUGUGGGCCUCGAUGUCGAAUGGCGUCCCGGUUCCAACCCACCGGCCACGCUACAACUCUGUAUCGGCCAAAACUGCCUCAUCUUUCAACUCAUCUGGGCACCCGAAAUUCCCCAAUCCCUCUUAGACUUCCUUAGCAACGACGAUUACACGUUUGUGGGUGUUGGAAUCAACCAAGACGUUGAAAAGCUACGGGAUGAGUGUUGUCUGGAGGUGGCGAACACCGUCGAUCUUCGAGGGCUGGCGGCGAGGGAGUUGGGUAGUGACGCGUUUCGCUCUGCUGGGUUGGUGGGGUUGGCGAGAGACGUUCUUGGGAAGAAUUUUGAGAAGCCGAAUUGUGUCACUAUGAGUGAAUGGGACGUCGAUUGGCUUAGCCUUGAUCAGGUAAUGUACGCUUGCGUUGAUGCAUUUGUUUCAUUUCAGAUUGGACGGUGUUUAAAGGCAUGGAACUAG